AGCACGUCUCCCUUUCCACAGGUGUACUAUUUAGCUAGUGUUCGCCUGAGAGAUCUCUGUGUCAAACUUGAUGUAUCUGAUGAACUGCGAAAAAAGAUCUGGACAUGUUUUGAGUAUUCCUUGGUGCACUGUCCUGAAAUCAUGAUGGAUAGACAUCUGGAUCAGCUGCUGAUGUGUGCCAUCUACAUAAUGGCUAAGGUGACCAAGGAGGACAGAUCAUUUCAGAACAUUAUGCGCUGCUAUCGGACACAACCACAAGCCAAGAGUCAUGUAUAUCGGAGUGUCCUGAUAAAAGUCAGGAGAUGCCGACAAUGCUCUGGCAGCAGUGACAGCAGCGGCCAGCAGAACUCGCCUACAGAGAGAAGUAAAGAGAGGAACAAGGAAAGAAGGAGCAGAGACUCCAGCCCUGUGAUGUGAUCCAUCAGCACCCUGCCUGUUCUGCACCCCAGCAGUGCCCCCCCCUCAACCCAACUAACCAGGGCCAACAGCAACACCAAGGAGGAGGAGCGAGGGGACCUCAUACAGUUCUAUAACAACAUCUAUACUGAGCAGAUCAAAGAAUUUGCCCUGAAAUACACAUCAAAUACAGUAAGUAAAUUCUGU